UGCAGGUUUCCAUAGAGACAGGGCUGUCACAGAGGGGACCAGCAAAAUGCUACCUGGAUGAAAAGCGUAUAUUAAGCCCAAACACAAGGAGCCGCAGCAGAAAUGUCUCAGUUCUCCCCUGAGGAUGAGGUGGAGCUGCAGUCUCUGCUCAGGCAGCUCCUGACCAGCAUCAAGGACAGGAUCGCUGCUGCUCCAUCCAUCGAAUCUGCUGAGGAGAUCCUGCUGCACCUGGAGGAGACAGACAAGAACUUCCACAAUUAUGAGUUCGUCAGGUACCUUCGGCAGUAUGUGGAGAACUCUCUGGGCACAGUGGUGGAGGAGGAGACGGAGACCUUGGCCAGAGCAGAUGGGCAACCCGCUAUCGGUCCGGGUCAGGACACCCUGAUCCACGCCAUCACCCGCAGGACCAGAGAGUCAGCUGAAUACAAGCAGAUGAUGCAGACCCUGAAGAACACCAUGAUUGUCGUGGUGGAGUCUUUGAUCAACAGAUUUGAGGAGGACCAGAUGAGGAAGGAGGAGACAGACCAGGAGAAGCAGCACGGCCAGUCCAACAGCCACUACACUGACAACUGCUCUGACAGCGACUCCUCAUUCAACCAGAGUUAUGCAUUCCUCAAACAGGAGCAGCUGCAAGCCUUGGCUGAAAAACUUGACUCCAGCAGACCCAAAGAGGUGCGUCAGGAGGCACUGCAGGCCCUGUGCUGUGCUCCCCCAUCCGAUGUGCUGAGCAGUGAGAGCUGGAGCAGCUUGCGCAGGAAUCUGUCUGCAGCUCUGGCUGAACCUGACCCUGAACUCAGCGAUAAGGUUCUACAGUUCUUUGCCAAAACCCUCUCCUCCUCUCCACUGAAUGUGACACGGGAGAUUUACACCAGUUUGGCUAAAAGUGUGGAGUCUAAUUUCCUGUCUCACAAGCUGAGCUUUCCAACUGGGUCAGCAGGCAUCGACAUCAACAGAUCUGACAUCAGCCGUCUUCUCAAACAGAUGCGAUUGAUGAAUGACUUUCAGAAGGAGGUGACAACCUUCUGGAUUCGUCACCCAGAAAAGUACAUGGAGGAAGUUAUAGAGAGCACCUUCUCCCUUUUGUCUUUGCACCCCGAACACAGUGGCACCUCACCAGGGACUGAGAAAUCCUUGGAACCUGUCCACCUACUGGCCUUACUGGAUGUUAAAGCUACCUGGUUUAAAAAGUGGAUGCAUGGUUACUAUAGCAGGACUGUGGUUUUCAGACUCCUGGAGAGAAAAUACAAGUCUUUGAUUGUAGCAGCUGUUCAGCAGUGUGUUCAUUACAGAGAGUGCUGUGAACAUUUCUCAGACGAGACCGCUGAUUUGAGCCAGUCAGCGGAGCAGCAGAACAUCUGCUCAGUCCAGAGGAGUGUUUACACAGCAAAAGAGCUUGAAUAUGCCUACUUCGUCCACUCACUGUGUAUCCUGGGGAAGCUCCUCAUCUACACCAAUGGACGCAAGCUCUUCCCCAUCAAAGUCAGACAAUGCAAAGAUCCCGUCAGCCUGACAGACCUGGUUGUCACCCUGAUUAACAUCAUGUGCCAACACCCUAAACCCCCACAGAGCGACACCUCACACAUAGACUCUCUGUCACCCAGCGGCCUGGUGAUGGAGCUGCUGUGGACACUGUGUGAGAGGACAGAGUGCACCGCGCCAUGCCUCCAUCAGACCCCUGUCAUCCAGACACUGCUGGCUCCAGUUAUAGCUCUGCUCAGUGGACAGCAGGCCAGACUAAAGUCUCCUGGAGCAACGCUGACUCUCAUAGCUGAUGCUCUGGCUCGCAUUGCUAACACCGACAGAGGCUUAGCCCUCUUCUUAUAUCAGCAGAAUCUACUAUUAGCCCAUGGUGAAAGCACCACUGCUGCCCAUGUUAUUGUACAGUUCACCCAGAAGCUUCUGGAUAAGCAGCUGCCAUCACUGAGUGAGUCAGAGUUCCUCCAUACAGUAUGCGGGGCCUUCAUCUUUGUCUGCAGGCAGAUGUACAACACCUGUGAGGGGUUACAGGUCCUCCGACCAUACGGCCUGCACAGAGCCAUAGCUGCUGCCUGGAAAAAGACCAGCUCUUUGUCAGACAGGGUUCCUACCCCUGUACCUGGAGCCAGUGCUGGAACAUCAUCUCCAUCUCAGGAACUGCAGAACAUGCUCUGGGAAGAGAUGCUGUUGGACAGCCUGCUGAACUUUGCUGUCACACCUAAAGGCCUGCUGCUGCUCCAGCAGACAGGAGCCAUCAGCGAGUGUGUUUCCUACAUGUUCUCUCGCUUCACUAAGAAGCUACAGGUGAGCCGCUGUGAGAAGUUUGGAUAUGGGGUGAUGGUGACACAGGUGGCAGCAACUGCUCCUGGAGUGAUGGCACUGCACAGUUCAGGCUUUGUGCAGGCGCUCGUGGUGGAACUGUGGUCGGCUCUGGAGUGUGGCAGAGAGGACAUCAGGGUGGUUCAUCCCAAACCUACACCCAUGGACCCCAUAGACAGGAGCUGCCUCAAGUCGUUCCUGUCCUUGGUCAACCUGCUGUCCUCCUCUCAGUCUGUGUGGGAGCUGCUCAGCCACCAGCCUCUCGCCAACAAGAGUGAAUACACCCUGCGAGAGAUUCCAACCUCCAUACCUGAUUUGAUUGACAGGCUGAUUGCUGUGAAUUCAGAUGCGAAGAUUCAUUCCCUGUUUAACUAUGAGCAGUCUCACACGUUCGGCCUGAGGCUGCUCAGUGUGCUGUGCUGUAAUCUGGACUCCUUCCUGCUGUUGGAGAGUCAGUACAACAUCAGCGCCUUGCUGCUGCAGAGUCAGGGGGAAAAUGUCACGGAGCCAGCUGGUGCUGACAGUGAGUUCAUCAUCGACAGCCUGUCAGUGGAGAGGAACCAUGUGCUGGUUCGUGCCAGCGUGGUAGGAGGUCCGUCUGAGAGGAGGCUUCCCCCCCGAGCCCUGCAGGAGGGAGAAAGUCCAUUCCCCUGGCCCAUGUUUUCCUCCAAACCUCUACCUCAGUGCUACACCCUGGAAACCCUAAAGGCCAACCAGAGCAAGCAAGAUUGUGAGAUCAGCACAUUUCUGGCCUCAUCUAAAGACACAGAGAUGGAGGAGAGCUGGAUGGAGAUCUGCCGAAGACAGUACUGCAAAGUCAUGACCACAAAGCCCAACACCCUAACUGGAACUGUGCUAGCUGACCUUCUGGAGAAAGUGGUGGCCCACCUAUCCAACUCCGCAGCAGAGUGCUUCUUCUCCCCUGCUCAGUACAAAGCAGAGGAGAGGAGUGUGAAAAAUGCUGUGCUGCCGCCUAUACAACAGCUGGGAGUCUGCAUCUGUCUCAGGUAUGGCAGCUACCUGAAGCUGCUUAAAGAAGAUGCUGUGCAGGACCUGACGCAGCUGCUGAAGCACAUAGAGCUCUUCCUCUCCACGCAGAGAGCUAACAGCGCCUCAGAACUCACCACUCUGCAAGACGGCUACCCGGGCCACGACUGGCUGGCCUCGACAGUCUUCCUCAUCAUGGCUGGAGACAUGGACCGGUCUCUACGUUUGCUGCUCAACCUGUCCUCUCUGCUAACCUCUGCAUUCAUCUGGCCAGCAAGGAUACACGCCUCAGUCCAUGUUCCAGUGGAGAUAGCUGGAUCAGGAAUCCCUCCAGUCUACUGGUGUACAGCUCACUAUGUGGAGAUGUUGCUGAAGGCUGAGGUCCCUCUGGUCCACUCUGCCUUCAGGAUGUCUGGCUUCACCCCAUCCCAGAUGUGCCUCCAGUGGCUGGGCCAGUGUUUCUGGAACUACCUGGACUGGCCAGAAAUCUGCCACUACCUCUCCACCUGUGUGGUGAUGGGCCCUGACUACCAGGUGUACAUGUGCGUGGCCGUCCUCAAGCAUCUGCAGCCAGACAUCCUGCUGCAUACACAGUCUCAGGACCUGCAGGUCUUCCUCAAGGAGGAGCCGAUCCAGGGCUUCAGGGUCAGCGACUACCUAGAGUACAUGGAAGGGCUCGAGCGCAGCUACCGGAGCGUCGUCCUCACUGACAUGAAAAAUAUCAGGAACCCUGUAGCAUAAAAACACGUAGCAUACAGAACUGUGCAACCCAUCGACAUGUAACCACGGGGGGAGGGAGGUUGCUGAGAUGUUUGACAAGUCGGGGCUUUUUUGGGCUUUCUUAGCCCAAAUACACAAAACUCACAG